GUUGCAAGAAAGAUUUUUUUUUUAGAUUAAAUUAUUCUAGUAAAAAACGCAACAGCUCAUAUUAAUGUAGGGGCUUUAAAAAAAAAGUAUUCUUUAAUCCUGGGAAUGGCAUCAAGAAUGGGGGUGUUGGCGGUACGAGGAUUGGAAGAUAUGUUCAUAGCCGUACUAAGAAAGUGCAAUAAGAUGGUUGAGUUGAAGAGAAUACAUGCCCAGAUGGAGAAAUUCUCACUGCUGCAAAGCAAUUUCUUGGUGACGAGAAUGCUGGAUAUUUGUGAUCAAAGCGGCGAGAUUCACUACGGAGCUUUGCUAUUUAAGAAAGUUAUCGAGCCCAAUAUUUUCCUGUACAACGCAAUGAUUAGAGCCUAUACACACAACCGCAUGUAUGUAUUAACCAUCGAUGUGUACAAGGAAAUGCUGAAACAAGUUGCAGAGCAAAUUGUUCCCGAUAGAUUCACGUACCCAUUUGUCAUUAGGUCUUGUGGGGCCCUUCUGAAUGUUUGGUCGUCGAGGCAAGUCCACGGCCAUGUCUGUAAAUUCGGGUUGUCGGGUAAUAACAUGAUAGAGAAUUCAUUGCUGGACAUGUACGUGAAGUGUGACGGGAUAACAGAGGCACACAACCUGUUCGAUGAAAUGACUGAGAGAGAUGUGGUUUCUUGGAACAGUCUUAUUUCUGGGCACAUGAAGCUGGGUCAAGCAAGGAAAGCUAGAGCGUUAUUCGAAGACAUGCCGAACAAGACUAUUGUUUCUUGGACUGCGAUGAUAUCGGGGUACACUAAAAUCGGGUGUUUGAGCGAUGCAUUGGACGUGUUCAGAAGAAUGCAGAUUGUUGGGAUGCAGCCAGAUUGGAUCAGUUUGGUGGCCGUUUUGCCAGCUUGCGCGCAAUUAGGAGCUCUAGAACUCGGAAAAUGGAUCCACUUUUAUGCGGAGAAAAAGGGUUUUUUGAGAAAUAUCCGCGUGUGCAAUGCAUUGAUAGAAAUGUACACGAAAUGCGGCAGUGUGGACCAAGCUCUGCAGCUAUUUAGUAAAACGUCCGAAAAGGAUGUAAUAACAUGGAGUACUAUGAUAGCUGGCUUAGCACACCACGGAAAAGCCCAAGAAGCAAUCGAACUGUUUCAUGAAAUGGAAAAGAAAAACGUAGAGCCAAACGAGAUCACAUUCGUCGGCCUACUAUCAGCUUGUGGGCAUGCAGGUUUAUCCGACGAGGGGCUUUCAUAUUUCGAGUCGAUGCAGAAUCUUUACAACAUAGAACCUGGGAUUGAGCAUUACGGUUGUCUGGUUGAUCUUCUUGGUCGAACAGGGCAGAUUGAUCGGGCUUUGAAGCUUAUAAACGGAAUGAAAAUGAAGCCCGAUUCGGCGAUAUGGGGCUCUCUAUUGAGUUCUUGCAGAACUUACAGAAAUCUUGAAACUGCGGUUAUUGCAAUGGAGCAUCUCUUGGAGCUCGAACCGGAGGAUACGGGGAAUCUUAUAUUGCUGGCGAAUAUAUAUGCGGAUCUUGGGAAGUGGGACGGGGUUUCGAAGAUGAGGAAGUUUAUUAGAAGCAAGAGCAUGAAGAAGACACCUGGCUGUAGCGUGAUUGAGGUUGAUAGUGUGGUUCAAGAGUUUGUGUCGGGGGAUUAUUCGAAGACGUUCUCGAAGGAUGUUUUUGUGAUGUUGGAUGUGUUGUCUCUGCAUCAGAUGGAAACGGUUGAUUCUGUUGAAAUUGCGCCCGAGUUGUGUGUCGAAUAAUUUUGCUCUUGUGAGAUUCUACAGUUGUUCCUAGAAUAUGGAGGGAAUAUUUGUGUAUUUAUUUGGCUCUUGAAGCUGUCAUUUUGCAUUUAUACACUCA